GUCUGUAAAUGGGAAAGGAAAACGUGCGACCACUCCUCAGAAUCGAGAAGCUCGCGGAGGGAUUCGCUUCGCUUGCAAAAUCAGCUAACCGGCGAUGGGGUCCGGAGCUCGCGCCGCCCGCGCCACCGUCUGCCUCGCCGUCGCUCCACUCCUUCUCCUACUCCUCGCGCGCGGCGCCGAGGGUGUCGGGCUCUGGCUGCCGCCGCCGGGGGCCGGCAGCGGGCAGCUGGGCGCCGCCCCCAACAGGUACCUGACGCGGGAGGAGCACUGGAUGACCCAAACCCUCGACCACUUCUCCCCCACCGAUCAUCGGCAAUUCAAGCUGCGGUACUACGAAUUUCUUGAUUACCAUCGCGCUCCAAAUGGGCCGGUCUUCUUAUAUAUAUGUGGAGAAGCUUCAUGCAGUGGGAUUUCUAACAACUACUUAGCUGUGAUUGCGAAGAAGUUCGGCGCUGCUUUGGUUUCUCCUGAGCAUCGAUAUUAUGGAAAGAGUUCCCCUUUUGAUAGUUUGACGACGGAAAAUCUAAGGUUCUUGUCAUCAAAGCAGGCUUUGUUUGAUCUGGCUGUCUUCCGCCAGUAUUAUCAGGAAAAAUUGAAUGCAAAGUACAAUCGCACAGGAGCAGACAAUCCUUGGUUUGUGUUUGGAGGGUCAUACGCUGGAGCACUCAGUGCUUGGUUCCGAUUGAAAUUUCCUCACUUGACAUGUGGAAGUCUUGCAAGUUCAGGAGUUGUUCUUGCUGUUUACAACUUUACUGACUUCGACAAACAGAUUGGGGAGUCAGCUGGUCCAGAAUGCAAAGCAGCGCUUCAAGAAACAACAAGACUUGUUGAUGGACAACUUCAGGCUGGCAGCAACUCGGUGAAACAACAGUUUGGAGCAGCAACGUUAGGAAAUGAUGGUGACUUCCUUUACCUACUGGCAGACGCUGCAGCUAUUGCGUUCCAAUAUGGCAAUCCUGAUGCCCUGUGCUCCCCGCUAGUUGAGGCAAAGAAGAAUGGUACAGAUUUGGUGCAAGCAUUUGCUCAUUACGUGAACAAGUAUUACAUUGGGACAUUUGGGGCAUCAGUUGCAUCAUAUGAUCAACAGUAUUUAAAGAACACAACUCCUGCUGAAUCUUCAUAUAGAUUGUGGUGGUACCAAGUUUGCAGCGAGGUUUCGUUUUUCCAAGUGGCACCAAAAAAUGAUAGCAUCCGUUCUGCGAAGCUUGAUACUAGGUACCAUUUAGACUUGUGCAGAAAUGUUUUUGGGGAAGGAGUUUACCCUGAUGUGUCCAUGACAAACUUAUACUAUGGAGGCACAGGAAUUGCAGGUUCUAAAAUUGUUUUUGCAAAUGGCUCUCAAGACCCAUGGCGUCAUGCUUCUAAGCAGAAAUCAUCAAAAGAAAUGCCAUCCUACUUAAUUGAAUGCAGCAACUGCGGACAUUGCAGUGAUCUUUCUGGAUGCCCUCAAGCACCUUCAAAUAUCGAAGGUGAUUCAUCCAAAUGCUCACCUCCAGAAGCUCUCAACAAAGUUAGAAAGCAGAUCAUCGAUCACAUUGACUUGUGGUUGUCCGAAUGCCAAGAACAAGGGCAUGGCAGCGAGACGUCGCAGGGGAGUAGAUGGAGCAUAUCUACUUACUGAUCACCGGCGCAAAGGGGACAAGCAUGAUAUUGCUGUUACUACUGCAAAUAAUACAGGCAGAUAAGUGUUUCUCGGAGUCAGGGGCAUCCGCAUGGUUUCAAGCAUUCUCCCGCUUGACACUACUAUGUCACCGUGGCCGCAAAAUCUUGGUUUAUAUUAUGGGCAGGGAUGCUAGUUUGAACUUGCGGAGAAUAUUAUGAUACAUGUAUAUGUAACUGAAUCGAUCACCAAACAUAAUCGAUGCUGCUGAGCUUGAAAAUA